AUUUUAUAUUUGUGGUGAUAAGUGAAAAACAACAUAAUGCCGCCGUAAAAAAUAUUUGAGAUUGCUUGUAGAUUUUCAUUUAUCAUUUUUUGUUAGAUUUUUUGAAAGUUGUAGUGAUAAAAAGUGAUUGUUUAUUCCCUGAUAGAAUCUGAGAGAUUCGUACUGUUUUGUAUACGAUUGCAGUUUGAUAAAAACACCCAUAAGUAAUAAGUAUAUUUUAAAAAGGUGGAAAAAUAAAACAAAAAAUGUCGAUUAGUGACCUCAGUCAGUGCAUUACUGACCUAAAUUCUAGCAAAAUAAUGCUGAGGAAGAAAAGCUCAAAUCAGCUCUCCCUGCUUUUGGAAGAUGAAAAGAUUAUUAGGAUUUUAAAUGAAAAAAAAAUUAAAGUAUGCUCAUGGACAAAUCUUUUGAAUAGUGUUCAUGAGUUCUUAUACCUAGAAGCAUUGAGACUUGCAGAAGAUGAACAAAAAGGUAAAAAGUCAAUGACGUAUGCUUCAUACACGCAGAGAAACUUAUUGACAAUGGUUGUUCGUAAAGCUAGUCUUGGGAACGAACAAAGACUGGUUGGUCACAAGUUAUUGAAAUGUAUUUUGAAAAGCUUCACUUCAGUUGAACUCCAGAAGUACUUUGGUGAUUCAUACAUUAAUAUAUUAAAAGAACAUUUUCUAAAUAAUUCCCACUAUGUGGGAAGUGUGCCCCCUAUUUAUUGGACUGAACUUCUACAUCACUUAAAAAACCUUUAUAGUAAGUCAAAAGAAGACACAAAAAUUUUUAAAUGUUUACAACUCACAUUACAAAAUGGUCUUCUGUUUGGUCUUCCUGCAAACGAAAUAAGACAACUUUUCAGUUUUGUCACUGAAGUGGCUCAUCAACAGUUUGCAGAUUCCACAAAAAAACUCAGUUUUGAAAUUACUCUAAAUAUGUUACUGGAUUUUUGUACUCAGACAGCAAAAGAUUGUCGUUUGUCUUGUUGUAAAUUAGGAGAAGAAGUUAUUGAAAAGAUUAUAAACAUAUUGGAAACUGAUACAUAUGAAAAUACUAAGAUUUUAAUAUACAAGUUUUUACUGUUACAAAUCAAACUUCACCAUCCAAAAGGUUCCUCAGAAAGAGACACAUGUGCAUAUGCUUGUGAUUGGCAAAAAUGGAAGAGAAACUUGAAAUAUCUAUAUUCAGCUAUAGUAAGAAAGAUUGAUGGUUAUAUUAUAAAGCACCAAGUUCAACUGACUUAUAGACGGAAACAAAUUCAGUUUCAUUCGUUAGACAAACACCUCCUGGCUCUUGGAAUUGAAGUUUAUAAACAGGUGUGUCAUGUGAAUUUCAAUUCAACUCAAAUGUCUACUACUUCUUCAUUCGAACCAAGCACUAAAAGGGCAAAAGUUGACUUUACUAUUGACUCAAUUAUCAGUAGCAUUCAAGAAACUAAAGAUUGGCCAUGGAUAGAAUUUAUUAGUAGCGUAUUAGACGACUGUCCAACAUUAAUUGCAUCGCAUCAAUAUAUAAUGCUUCUACAGACUCUUUCAACUUUACAAGCUCAGUGCAAAGAUAAAAAUGUACAACAUCACUUGUAUAAAUGUUUAUGUGUUCUAAUCAAAAUUCAGGACCAAGUUGAUGAUCUUAAAGACUUAUAUCAGAAUAAGUUACACUCGCUUUGGAUGGUAGUAUGGGAUAUGGCACAUCGUACAGCUGGUUUGAAUCAGAACAUUAAGUAUACUCACAAAUUAAUUCAAAGUUUAAUACAAUUGGAAAACAAAUUGCCUUUUGCAAAUUUAUUCAACACUUAUCAUUCAGGAGUACUUCUCUUAAGCAAACACUCACUGGAGUCCUUAGACGUACUUUGUAACCGAUUUAUCAUUCCAAAAAAUUUAUCAAUAAACAGUGCAUUCCAAAAAUGUAUUCUUCGAUGGAUUUUAAACGUGGAUAACAACGAAACCUGCCAUGUAUUUUCUGAGAAGAUAACCGCAAAAGUUAUCGUUUCUCUAAUUUUCAAAGUAUGGCCAAAAUCUACGACGUAUUUUAUAGAAGAAGAAAAAUCAGUUGAGCUUUUAUGUUUCUGUGAUAUUGAGGAAAUGCACUGUAUCACGUCCCUACAAGAAAGUCUGUGGACACAAAAGAAACAAAAUGAAGAGGCAUACGAUUAUGAAACGAAAUACUUUCAGAAAAACGAUGGUCUUUUGGAGGAGUUGAUUGAAUUAAUUAAAGAAUAUUCGUUGCAGUUCUUAGAUGAUGAAAGUAAUGCUAAUUUUGAAAAAAUCUUACUUCCUCUUUUAAAUUUUAUUAUUUUGAUAACAAAUGUGUUGUCAGAACUAGUCGAAUAUAAUGUUAUAACAGAAAAUGAUCUUCCUGAACAUCGAUUAACAUAUAAACUAAUGGAAAUGCUUAAUUUAUUACACAUUAUUUUCGACUACNUCGAUAACGUGAAUUCUGAUGAUGCAGAUAAAAAUGAAGAUGAUAGCAGAAGCGAUUUUGACGUUCUGCAAGCCUGUCAACAAGCACUUUGCGAUUAUUUUUCUAAUUCGCACUUGUCUGCUCUAAAUAAUACUCAAUUGAAAGCUCUAGAAACUUUCCUUGAUUAUCCGUAUGAGUUCGAACUGUCUCAAGAUUACAAUUUGGCAAUAAUGGUACUGGAAUCGUUAACUAAAUGUAAAAUAGGCGCUAUUUCCGAAAAUACUUUGGAAAGUGCCUACACUUGUUUUAGCAAUAUUUGUAAAAUUUAUUAUAGGAACAAUGAAUCAGCAGUUACUUUAUUGAAGUUGUGGUAUGAUUUUUAUCCUCACACCAUCGAUUCUAAAUCGGAAGAACUAAAAGUUAGCGCUGCUGAAAUAUUAAAACCUUUCUUUAAUUGUUACACAAACUAUGGACCGAGUGUAUGUGUCAAGUUAGUCAAUUGUUUGGGAUUAGUGAUAAAGUGGGAUAUAUCCUUUGCAUGGCUUAAUGAUGAUACCUGUGUUGCCCAUAACAUGUUGAACUUUUUAAAACAUGACUAUCAAGAAGUUAGAAUCGCAGCAAUAAAAAAUUUAAUGAUUUUAUUUGAUGAUCGUGGACCUUCUGUUCAAAACAUUCAACAUCAACAAGAAGUCUGUUUUACAAUUAUUAAUAGACAGGUAAAUGAAGUUUUUAUAGUGGACGAAACAUUGCUUACUAAUAGUGAUAGAAAAAUAGACGAAGAAGUCUCAAGAACCAUGACAGCUCUACUGACAUUUUGUACUGUUAUUGUUUCAAGUACAGUGUGUAGAAAAAGAGCGCUGUUUUCUCUGUUAAAAUUGACUUAUUCAAGAAAAAUAGAUGCAACACAUUUAAGAAAUGCACUAAAUCUAGUUUCAUAUUUCUUUAAUUCAAAUAAUGUUUAUUCGUUCUUGAAACCAUACGUCGACUAUUUAAUUUUGAAUUGGUCCAAAGAUGGGAUGGACAUUCAAAAAUUUCCGUAUGGAUUAUUGGAAUGUAAGAACGUAAAAGAAUUCAAUGAAAAUUUUUUAAAAAAUAUGGGGCAUGUCUUUCUACAACAUAAACAAACGGAUAUACUAAAUAAUAUUUCGCAGCAUGCAGGUAUUGCUGUUAACAACAUAAUAAAGGAAUGUCUGCCAAAUAUCGUUAUAAACUACUUAUUUUCUGUAAUAACAAGCACAAAUGUAACGUGUUCAGAAAUUUAUGAACAUGUUAUGGAGCAAUUUGGUUCUGAAAUAAUAAUAAAUACCGUUAUUGACUAUCUCCACGUGAUUAUUGGCAAUAUUAUUGGAUAUGCUCAUGAUGAACCUUAUCUUCGAAAUGAGUUUAAUGUUAUUUCUCUUCUACCUGAACCUAAUGAACCAUUUUAUUCAUUAAAUGUUUUAUUAAAGGUGCUGAAUCUUUUAGAAGUAAAGUUCCUAAGUUCUGAAUCGUUUGUAUCUUUCUGUUCCAAAAAAUUUCCGUCAAAACUUCAGAUGAUUUUACUUCAAAGAAGAACGUGCAUCCAUUUUGCUCCCUAUACGGAAGAUAAAAUACUCGAAUUUUUCAAAUUCACCGUCUACGUUAACAUUUUACUUGAUCAUUUAAGUGAAAUCGAAGAUUUGAAAGAAUAUAUUAUUAAAGAAGUAUGUUACACUCUACUUCAUUUAAUUAAUUUUAACGAAAGUGGUGAUUCUUUGAAAAUAUUCGUUUGCAAAUACUUUCGAAAAACUAUUUCCAAAAUAAUAACAAAUAAUCAUGAACAUUUACAAGAACUUUUGCCUUCAAUAAUCGGCACAAUGGUGAUUCAUUCUACGACACGAAACGAAAAACUCUCUGAAGAAUGCAUCAAGUUGUUACACACAGUGAUCUCUCAUUUUCAAGAAGACAUUAAAAUUUUGGAUCCCCUCCCUGAUAAUGUUGAAAAAUUCAAGUGUUUGUUGCCAAUUUACAACAAGAUUGAACAAAGAAUUAAAAGAUGUUCCUUAAAAGAAAAUAUACAAGAUUUUCUACUGAUCAGUAAAGAAAAUAACAUUUGUAUACAAGGGAUUGUACAACUUAGAAGGCAAAUAUUGGAAAAGAGAAAGGAACUUGAAGAUCUUUAUGAAGAAGCGCAACUUUUAAGGGGGUUUUCAGAAGACUAUGAACACAAUGCUUUACAUAGGCUUGUGUACGUUUUGGUUCGACUGUGCGCAUCGCAUAAUAACGAUGCGAAUGUUGAAGCCGCUCGAUGUUUGGGUGAAUUGGGGCCUGCAAACUUGGCUAUAGUAACUUUGGACAUUCAAAAAAAAUACAAAGAUGUUUUCGAACCUUACAGCGUUUACGUGGCAGGCUCUGCAUUGUCCUUGCUGUCUCAGUAUUUGUUCGAUAAAGAUAUUAAAAUAGUUCGAGCCACUUGUACUGCUCUCUAUGAAAUAUUGGCGUCGAAGGAUGGUGAAAAAGCUUUGGCGUAUGAUAGGGAAUUUGUUAACAAUGAAAAAAUUAAUCGUCGUUAUUUCCAACCGUUUGUUUCAAUUAGUAAAGCAAAAGAUCUUUCAAAAUGUAUUGUAAACAUUUCUUCGUUUAAAAUGCUUAUUGAUAGAGACGAUUUGUGGUGUCCCACAGAUAGUUACUUUUCCAAAUGGAUACUAGACUUGAUUUAUGCCCUUAUAAAUUCAUUUGAAAAGUGUUACUUCCAACAACUACUUCCCUUAUGCAAAGUUAAAAUUGAAUUUGCCCAAAAUAUGUUCCCUUUACUUGUUGUUUUCAUCUUAAAUUUUAGUAAAGACGUUUUCAUCGAUGUUCUGUCGUCGCAAAUUCGAAAGUUUUUUGAAAAGCAUUGGACUCACACUUUAAAGGAAAAUUAUGAUAAAAAUGACAUCGUUUUAAACCAAGAUGCAAUAAAAUGUCUUUUAGAAGUAGUCCAUUUGAUAGAAUUGCAGAAAUACAACAUUAAUAAGAAAAAACCAAAUCAGGAUUUGGAACUCAAUUAUUUACAUAUUGCUAAAGCUGCAAAUUACUGUUCCUUUUACUUUUCGGCAUUGCAAUUCAUUGAGUUUUGGAGCCACAAAAGACUAAGUGAAAUAAGUAAAAAUCAACAAAUCGUCCAAUAUUCAAACGACACCCCUCUUUAUACAAUCAUUACAUACGAAGAAUCAGAAAUUCAAAAAAUAGUACAAAACAUUUUAAAAGAAAGUUUCAAUAAAAUAGGCGACCACAAUGCUUUAAGUUACAUUACAUUUAAUUUGGAAGAUUUUGAGAUUUUUGAACAGAUGCAGAAAUGGGACCAAGUAGCAUUACAAUACGACAUUAAAAUGUCUCACAGUGAUAGUUCCUUUAACUUACUACCUGACCUUACAAGAGCUUUAAAAAAAAGUAGCUUAAUGCAGAUUCCGUUAUUGUGUCGGAACGAUCAAAAUCAGCAAUACGAAUGUGCAUGGCGUUUAAACGAUUGGUCCAUAUCCGAAAGCGAUAAAAUGGACGAGAAGACUGUUAUAGACUUUAAUAAAGAACAUUAUUUAGCAUUGAAAGCACUGCACGAAAAAGACAAUAAUUCUCUGGAUAAAUAUUUGAAUAGAGCUAGAAAAAUUCUGAUCGAAGAGUUGAAAAAAUUAAAUUUAGUCACUUGUAAGAGUAUAUAUGAUAUAUUAACGCGUCUAAGAUGCUUAGAAGAACUUGAAGACUUCGGAAAAAAAAAUAUAAAUAGUUGGAAAAGUAGCAAGGAGAUGGAUCUCGUCGAUUUUGAAUAUUUUGAGCUGAUCCAAGCCCAACGUAUAAUUUUAUUAAAAGAUGAAAUAUCAAGUGGAAGAAGUGAUCUUAAAAAUGUUGUUUCAGAUUUUAAUCUUAAAUUGGCCGAGUAUGCAAGAAAAGAAGGAUAUGAAAACGUAUCAAAGAGAGCUUUGAGUGAAUUAAAAUACAUACAAGGCUUAGAUUUGAUAACUAAAUAUCAGAUAGCAUUGGAAGAUGUACGACUAUGGUGGUACAAAGAUAAGUCCACAGCUAUGUCAAGACUAAGGAGUCUCUUAAAUGUCACCAGUGAAUAUCCAAGAUUGCACUCUGACGCUUUGAAACUGUAUGGAACAUGGAUGAUUGAAAGUAAUUCUGUAGCCUCAGAAUAUCUUCUGAAAUCAAUAGAUGAACUGAAGAAGAUUGAUUAUAAUCAUGAAAAUUUAUUUGAAAUCUACGACAUUUUAGGAAGACAUUGUGACUUUAAGUAUCAACAGGUCGUAGCUUAUAUAAAAUCAUCAGAAUUCGAGCAGAAGAUCAAAAACAUGGAAAAGUGUCGAGUAACUGUUAGUCUUAUACAACAGAAAUUACAGAAAAAAAAUAUCACCCAAGAUGAAAAUAGGACAUUGACUUUGUAUAAAAAACAAAGUGAUAUUGAUGAAGACGAAAUUCAGAGCACUUACAAAGAAAGAGAGAAUUUCCUGGAAAUGGCUUUAAGGUUAGCAGAUAUUACUUAUUUAAGGGUAGAUACAACUGCUGUGAACUGGUACUACAUGGGUAUGUACAAAAACAUCAUUGACAUAAGUCUCCUAUUGGUGUAUGUAAUCCCUAUGAGUGACCGUUACAGAUCGUGCGAUAACGCAGCGAAGACAAAGUUGUCCAAUGCAGACAAGCUGAAAAUAUUUCUCAAUAUAUGUGAACAUUUUCGCCCGAUUUUCUUUAAAUUCUUUGAAGAAUAUUUUCCGGAACCAUCCACCUGGUAUGAGAAAAGACAGGCGUAUACACACAGCGUCGCUACUACCAGCAUGUGUGGCUACAUCUUGGGAAUUGGGGACCGUCACGUGCAGAAUAUUCUUAUCAACGAAAAGACAGCAGAGGUGAUUCACAUUGAUUUUGGGAUUGCAUUUGAGCAAGGGAAAGUUCUUCCUACUCCAGAAACUGUCCCUUUCAGACUCACCAGAGAUAUUGUGUCAGGAAUGGGUAUCUGCGGAAUUGAAGGAGUAUUUCGAAAAUCUUGUGAAAAUACAAUGGAGGUCCUUAGAAAUAAUUCAGAAACCAUAGUGGCCAUUUUAGAGGUCCUUCUUUAUGAUCCUUUAUAUGCUUGGUCCAUAACGCCUUCCCAAGCGUAUAGUAGACAAUUUAGUCGAGACGUUGAGUUGGAGAAAAGUCACCAUAAUACCAAAGAGUCAAGUCCUAACUCAGAUAAUUCCGCGUCUUUGAAUAUUAUGGCUGAAAGAGUAUUGUGGAGACUUCGUCAGAAAUUAAAAGGUACUGAGGAGGGUAGUGCCACAAGUGUUGAAGAUCAAGUUGAAAAAUUAAUACAGCAAGCCAGAGAUCCUGCCAAUCUAAGCAGGUUGUUUAGCGGGUGGCAAGCGUAUUUAUAAUUAUACAAAUAAGUGUUUUUUGUAGUAAACAGUUUACGCUUUCUUAUGUUAACGAUUUUGUUCCAGUUACAAAUAUAUAUUUUUAAUUUCUUA